CUGUACCUUCUGCUUCACUCUCAGCUUCCUUCCCUGGAGAAACAGAGAAAAUGAAAACCUUGGUGAUCAUCGCUGCUCUCUUAGGGACGCUACUUGCUGACGAUAAUAUAGAUAUUGGCAAUGAGGGAAAUGAUGGUGACAAUGUGCAUCAGACUGUGAACAUCAACAAUCAGGAACAUGUGGCCAACAUAAACAGCCUCAAUGGCUGGAACUCCUGGAACUCCAUCUGUGACUAUGGAAGAGGUGUUUUUGCAACACAACUGUUCGGAAAGAAGAAAUGUGUAGUGACAAAGUUAGACAAAACUGUCUUCCCCAGCCUGGAGGUCCUGUCCAAACAGAAACUGCUCCCCCGUGCACAACCUCUGUUCAAGUAUACCAUCAGUAAUCAGGUUCCCAUUGCAAACAUCGGCAUAUACGGAGUACACGUAGAGGCCCUGUGCCGGGGAAUACCUUCCUACUCUGGUGAUGUCAUCCAAGUGAAUGAGUAUUAUGCAGGUUGUGAUCCCAACAGCAUCAUCACUAUUGGUGGCAUCAGCUUCUGCUUUUAAACCAAUCCUGAGAAUCCUGCAUUUGAUACCAAGUUCUCCGCAUCACAAAUCUAAAUUGUUCAGAAUAUGAUUCUUGCCAUUUUUUCAUGCAA